AUGGGUGAGAAGGUAGGCAAAUCUACUACUGAGGCUGAAAAGAAGGCUGACAGCAAUGCAAAGACAGAAGAAACAUCAAAUAAGAAUUCUGCAUCCACAACAAAAACGAACAAAAGCACAGACAAGGAUACUAAACAGAAGACAAAGAAAAAAAAGAAACCAGCAACAACGAAAAGUAGCAAGAAAAAGGUGACGGAGGAUGAGGGUGCGAAGGUGAAAAAAAUCACUGAAAAGAAGGCCAAUGAAGAAGAUACUGGAGCACAGAAAAAUGAAAAGUUGAUCGACGAAGAGCAACGUGCUAAAUUGAAAAAGCAAGCCAAGAGCAUCAAAAAGGCUGCCGAUAGAAUGCACGAUCCGGACAUACAGGAGAGGGCCGAUGACUUAAAACAGUUUGCUAAGAAGAUUGCAAAAAAGGAUUUAACAAAGAGAACAGAGGCAAUGAAGAAACAGGCAGAAAGGUUCAAAACACCCGAACUAGCAAAAAGAGCAGAGAGACUAAAAGAAUACAGUGAGCGUAUGAAUAGAAAGGAACUGGCUGACAGAGCCGAAAUGAUGAAGGAACACGCUGCAAGGCUGAACAGCCCUCGCAUUAAGAGAAGAGCCGAAAAGCUGAAGGAGUUUACGGAAUCGAUUGACAAGGAGCAACUUGUAGAACGAGCAGACGCAUUAAAGCACUAUGCUGCAAGAAUGCACACACCAGAAAUAGAACAGAGAGCAGAGAAAUUGAAACAACAUGUACAGUCUAUGGAUGAGGAAGAGUUGGCACGACGCGCAAAAAAAUUGGAAAAACAUGCUGCGAAGAUGGACAGUCCGGAAAUGAGAGCCAGAGCUGAAAAGCUGAAGCAUUUCACUGAAAGCAUUGAUGAAGACGAACUGAAACGACGGGCUGACGUACUCAGGGAACACGCGGCCAAACUGAACCGACCUGAAUUAUUGCAAAAAGUCGAGAAACUGAAAAAGUGUAUCGAUCGAUUCAAUGACCCAGAAUUCGCUGAACGAGCCCAAACACUAAAGGAACAUGCUGCACGUUUCAAUCAUCCUGAUUUCAUUGAACGCACAGAAAGAUUAAAGCGGUGUGCUCACAAAUUUAAGCGACCUGAUAUUGUUGAUCGCCAAGACAGACUAAAGAAGCACUCCGAAAAACUCCAAGGACCAAUGAUGGAUGAGCGUAAAGAAAGAUUGGAUAAUUAUGCCUCUAAUUUGAAAAAGGUAGAUGAUCAAAAGCAAAAGAAAGAAAGAUCUUCCACACGCAACCCGCCACGACUAAGACUUGAUUUAAACCUUGACGUAGAUAUAAAACUGAAAGCGUCAAUACGUGGUUAUGUUCAGAUCACCAUGAUAGACUGA